UAUUACUACAUUGUAUUCGUGUACUUCCAAUUGCGAAGUUAUAAUAUUAAAAUCGAGAAAACAUUUCUUCGGUGUGCUUUUAAAUCUCUCAUUUUUCUGUGUGCACUGUAAUAUAUAUAGAAAAUAUAAUACUUCGAAAAAUAAUGUCCUCGAUAAGUAAACAUUCGAAAUCUGUGUCUAAUAUGAUCGAUAAGAUUGACUCGAAUAAAAAAGACACAAAAAAUUUGAUCGAAAAACGACAUAGUACGUGUUAUAUGUCCGACGAUUUAGAUUUCGAGAAGAACAUUGAAUCAAGUAGUCCUUCUUCGGUUAAUGCAGAAAAAUCGAGAAAUUUGGUAACAAAAUUAAUCAGUCGUUUUGAAAAGAAAAAUGAUAAAAGUAAUGAUCGUACGAAGAAUGUAAAUAAGGAAUUUUUACGAAGAUCUUUCAUGAGAAUCCCUUUACCAAGGGUCACUACGUAUUAUCACGAUACAUGUGACAAUUCUUCUAAUCUACGAGAAUCGACGUUGGAUGAAAAUAUUAAAAAAUUAUCGAAUAUAAAAAAUGUACAAUUGAAUCAAAAUAUAAAAACAUUCGAGAAUGAUAUUGAAAUCGUUAACGAUUCGGACAUAAUUGCCAAAUCAUCGUCAUCAAAUUUCCGAUUGGUCGACAAUGAUCCAAAAGAAAAAUGGACGACUUCGGAUAAACGAUGGAGCGAAACUACAAAUGAUGAAAAAAUCAAUCAAAAGAAAUCUAUCAAAGAAGUUUUAAGUUCUUUGAUCAGUUGGAAAAAACAUAACAAUAAAAAUAAAUCCCGACGUUCCCGAUCUUGUGAUAAAUCAGAGAAGCAUCAUGAAAUAUUGCCUUCUAUAUCAAUUAUACCAAGAGCACAUUCUUUGCAAACUGUUGUUAUUAAUAAUACUAAAGAUAAAAAUAAUACAAAUCUAAAUCGAAAUGCAACGAUUCGACCGAUUUAUGGUAUUAAAAGAAAUCAGACAACACCAAAGAAAUAUCUCGAAUCCUUUCAAUCAAUAAAAAUAAAUCCACGUAAGGAAGAUUCCGGUUAUGGUUCUGGAAUAUUGUCGGUCGAAGAAUCCAUUGAAAAUCUUGUCAAACCGUCGGCGAUUCGAGAAAUGUCCAAAAAGCUUACGUUUAUACCUGAACAACAUCAAGAUCAAGAAAUGUGGAACCAUAAAGACAAUAGAAAUCAUUAUAGGCAAGUUUUAAGUCAUUGCAAGAGAGAUAGGAAUUCUUAUCAAAGAAAAUCUUUCGUUGAUGAUGAGUUAAAAGAAGCCGUAAAAAAAAGAUUCAAUGAUUCAUCGAAUGAAAGUAUUAUUUAUACUCAGCCGAUAAAUCAUGAAUUGAAACGUAAUUAUUCAUCAUUAUAUAUCAACAAAAUCAGCGUCAAUACGGAAUACGAAAAUACUCAGAAUAUUUCUAGUCCUUUGCAAUGAGAUCAAUUGUAGAAAUCCUUAGAUUGAAAAAAAAAAAGAAAAAAAAAAAAGAAAAAAGAAAAAAAG